UUGGUUCACGCUUGUUUAUUUCUUUGUGGGGCAAGAAAUCUGAUUGGUGGGUCAAUUCGAUUCCCGUAUAUUCAAGAAAACAGGAGAAAUUUUAUGGCAAAUAAGAAGGAUACAUACAGAGCAAAGAUUGUAGUAAUCGGGGAUGGAGCAUGUGGGAAAACAUGCAUGCUGGAAGUGUAUAAGUCAGGCAUAUUUCCAGAAGAUUAUGUUCCUACAAUCGUUGAUAACUUUGUCAUGAAAGAAGAGCUAACCGCAGGAGAAGUCGUGCUUACUCUAUGGGAUACGUCAGGUCAGGACGAAUACGACGCGCUGAGGCCUCUUUCAUACAGCAAUGCAAAUCUUAUCAUCAUAUGCUAUUCUAUUGAAAAGAAGGACAGGCUUGGGAAUAUAGAGGAAAAGUGGCUUACAGAAAUACAGAAUCUUUGUAAGAACGUUCCGUACUUUUUAAUUGGUCUAAAGUCAGAUAUACGAGACAAUGCAUCUCCCUCGCAGACAGAGAAGUAUGUAAGCACAGAGGAAGGCAAGGAGCUUGCACAGAAGAUCGGGGCAAGCUAUUUCUCAGAGUGCUCCGCCCUUACGCAAAAAAACAUCAAAGAAACGUUUGAGGAAAUAGGCAACUACAUCAUAAAACACCAAAAGGAGACAUCGUAUCAGAAGGGUUUUAAGUUCUUCUACUGCUGUUAA